AUGGCCGUUGUGGAAGAGAAAUCACCAUCGUCGUCGCUCUCCUUUCUGACAGACAAUGCCAUCGCCGCAGCCAUCUCAGAUAUCUACUCAAAUCUGUCGGAGAGAAGGAAACUUCUGGGUCUUGAGAAUCCCGGCACGGUCGAUAACAUAGCGCGAGAAGUGCAGAAAGAUGUUCUCCUAUCGAAUUUCAUGUUCUCCGGCCUGCGGUGCGACCUUCAGAAGGUUUUCAGUAUAAAUCCUUUGUUCCGGCUACAACAUGGAUUUGCAAUGGGCUCACAAGCUCUGCCACCCUGGCAAUUAACGGCCUUGUAUGGGACUUCAAAUGUUUUCAUGCAAGCGACCUACUCCAGCGACAAAUCUUUGACGGCAUGGGGAAAUCUGAGAUGGUCUCCACGAUUUAUUACCAAGACGCAAACCUCCAUCGAUCCUCGACAGGCUCAGGCCAUGGUCCAAUUCGACAACGAAUACAACGGCGAUGAUUUCUCGGCUUCCCUCAAAGCCAUCAGUCCUUCCAUCCUUGAAGGAGGAUUCACUGGCAUUGUCAUUGGCAGCUAUCUCCAAUCUUUGACGCCAAAGUUGGCUCUGGGUCUAGAAGGAGUAUGGCAGCGAGCGGCGAUGAAUUCCCGGCCUGAAACCGCAUUAUCCUACUGCGCAAGAUAUAAAGGAACAGACUGGAUUGCCAGUGCACAAUAUCUCGCUCAGGGCUCAUUGGGAGCAUCAUACUGGCGAAAGCUGACUGACAAAGUCGAGGCUGGUGUUGACUGCCAACUGCAAUUUGCCCCUGGUAUUGGCGGUGGCAUGUUUGGAGGCCUUCGACGUGAAGGAACUACUACCGUUGGUGUCAAAUAUAAUUUCACCAAUUCGGUCUAUCGGGCGCAGGUUGAUAGUGGUGGCAAGUUCGGCGUCUUCCUGGAUAGGAGAGUUGCACCGCCUGUGAAUUUGACAUUCGUGGCCGAGAUCGACCAAUGGAAGAACACCCACAAACUCGGUCUGGCCGUCUCGAUCGAAGGAGCUCCAGAAGAACUGCAAGAAAUCGCUGAACGACCAGAAACCAAAAACGCUCUUCCUCCCCCUAUCUAA